AUGCCUAAUGAACGCACGACUUCUGGGCAAUCUCCACGUUUUCCUGUUCCUCCCAAGGGUGCCGCGCUUCACCAGCUUGUCAAGCAGAAGAAGCCCAAGCGCGUUAUUACCCAGGUCAUUACCAGCGAGUCCAAAGACCAAUCCCCCAAUAGUAUCGAAAAGAUCUUUGCUGGCCUCAACGACAGCGAUGAGAAUGGCAGCACCAAGAAUGACAGUGACAAGAACGACAACGACCACCAGGAAGCGCUUCCUGAAGCGCAGCCUUUGCUGUCCAAGCCUGUGAGCACGCCUGCCACAAAGCCCAAGGUCAAGCGCCGCGCUAAGGCUGCUGCCGCUUCCCUUCGGAAACGUCACAAUUCGACUGAGAUUCUUCUCCGCAAGUUGCCAUUCCAGCGUCUUGUACGUGAGAUCACCAAAGACGCUUAUGAGGAACCCUACCGCUUUCAGAAUGCUGCGAUGGGAGCUCUGCAGGAGGCGACGGAGAUCUACCUUAUCGCAUUAAUGGAGGACACCAACCUGGCUGCACUUCACGCAAAGCGUGUCACAAUCAAGCCAGUGGACAUGGUUCAUGUUCGCACCAUCAGGAAUGAACUUCCACGCGGUUAG